GCCCUCUAUUCCAACUCCCAUCAGUAACCCAGUUGCUCUCUCUCUCUCUCUCUCUCUCUCUCUCUCUCUCUCUGUGUCUGCGUGUGUGUGCGCGCUUCAAUCCACCCCCACGAUGGACUCACUCACUCUUUCGACUGCCCUCUCCCCUCACUCUCUCUCCUCCACCACAUCUCUCAAACUCCGACACCCUCUUUCCAAACUACCCACUUUCUCUCCCCGCCCAUAUAAUCCACCACCUCUCAAAUCCUCACUUUCUUCUUACCAACCCGCCUUAUCCACCAACCCCAAAAUCCCAAACUCUAAUGUUGGUUUCGACCUCAAAGAAUACAGCAAUCUCUCUCUCCUCUUAUCCUCUGCUCCUCAGACUCCGGCCACCGCGAUGCGCGGCGCUGAGGCCGACGCCAUGGGGCUAUUGCUGAGGGAAAGGAUUGUGUUCUUAGGAAACCAGAUUGAUGAUUUUGUUGCUGAUGCUAUUAUGAGUCAGCUUCUUCUGUUGGAUGCUCAAGAUCCAACUAAAGAUAUUAGGUUAUUCAUCAAUUCUCCUGGUGGGUCUUUGAGCGCUACAAUGGCUAUCUAUGAUGUUGUGCAGCUUGUGAGGGCUGAUGUCUCCACAAUUGCCCUUGGAAUAUCAGCAUCAACAACUUCCAUAAUCCUUGGUGGUGGCACCAAAGGCAAGCGCUUUGCAAUGCCCAACACACGAAUUAUGAUACACCAACCACUUGGAGGUGCCAGUGGGCAAGCAAUAGAUGUGGAAAUCCAAGCCCGCGAAGUUAUGCACAACAAGAAUAGUGUCACACAAAUCAUAGCGAAUGCCACUGGUCGCCCAUUUGAACAAGUUCAGAAAGAUAUUGAUAGAGAUCGUUACAUGUCUCCUAUAGAAGCAGUUGAAUACGGGAUAAUUGAUGGGGUUAUCGAUAGGGAUAGCAUCAUUCCGCUUAUGCCUGUGCCAGAAAGGGUGAAAGCAACACUGAAUUACGAGGAAAUUAGCAAAGAUCCUAGGAAAUUCUUGACACCAGACAUCCCUGAUGACGAGAUAUACUAGCUGGGGCUAUUCAUACAGGCAUCGUGGAAGGCUUAGAGAUGGCACACAGUACCAAUUUGUUCCAUUGCUGGCCUUGGGUUUUCAGAGUUGAUGCCGGAACACAGCAAAACUUUUAAGAGCAGUGCCAUGAGUGAUAAUUUUAUGGUUCUCUUAUUUCCUGUAUGAAACACAUUGUUGCAAAAACCAAUUUUGAUGUCUCUCUCUCUCCCAUUUCGUGGUGUAUUUUUUUGAAGUCCCUAUUGAUUUGCUGGGAGAAAAUGUUCUCGUAUUCAUG